GUUUGUGUGUUCUGUCGGGUGAUCUGUGUUGACACAACAUCAAAAGACAUUUUGAAUCCAUAAAUAUGCUGUGUGAGCGUGUGUGUCUGUCUGAUGACAGCAAGUGUUGGGCGCUCGUCUCCUGUGUGGCGAAAUCUGCCUGGCAACCCACGAGGAAAAUCACACAGAUGAGGUCAUUAACUCUGGCUCCUUUUAACAAAUAUAAUUAGACUGUACUUUCCCUCAAAACCCUUUCCCUUUAAUAUUUCACCUUGUAAAACAUAAAACAUUAAUAUAUUGAUGUAAACAGCACGUAUCGUUGGACAGUCAUCCGUAUGGGUGUAUUGGAUUUCAGUUCAAGACAUGACGCUGCAUGGCCACAUAUUUGUGUCCUGCUUUUAGAAAACAAGUAUUUCUACAAUCAUUAAUGUAUUUACUACUCCACUACUCCUUUUGGUCUAAUAUUCAGGGCACGUGUAAAAUGACGAUGGCGAUCUUCAAAACAGAAAAUACAUAGUGAUUCAUUAUGUGGGGACACAGAACAGAAUGACAGUGCAACUGCUGCUGAGGCGGAGGGAGGAGGUUCAGAGCUAGUGGCAUCAGUCUCUUGAGAUCUGCAAUAGGAGGGACUGUGACGUCACAUGUUCUGUCAGGUGGCAUUCCAGCAGGAGGGGGGCUGCACCCCAAAUUCCUGUGUUUCUUUAGAGUAAAGCAUGCAAGGAGUAAACUGCAGCCGCCUCCUUCAGCAUCUGUAAAUCAGCGGCAGCAGCGCUAGGAAUAACUGCAGAGGGGAGGCUCCGUCUGCGCCCGCUUUUGUUGUCUCUCUGACGGGCCCCGCGAACCAGCGAGGAGGCAGAGACAGGAGGAGGAGGAGGAUGAUGUCCUCUCCGCAGCUCGCCUCGUCCCGCCGACAGUCGUGUUACCUCUGCGACCUACCCCGGAUGCCCUGGGCCAUGAUCUGGGACUUCACCGAGCCCGUGUGUCGCGGCUGCGUCAACUACGAAGGAGCGGACCGGAUCGAGUUCGUCAUCGAGUCCACGCGCCACUUGAAGAGCGCGCACGGCUUCCAGGAGAGCCGUAGCCCUCCCGCGCACAAGAGCCAGGCGCCGGGGAAGGAGCCGGCCGCUCACCUCAACCACGGCGAUGGGAUGGUGAAAGCUCACCAGCCUUGUUUGGACCGGUACUCGCUUGGGAGUGAUGGACGCGCGCGCUACGACUACAGCGCGCAGAGCAGCAGCAGCAGCAGGAUGAGCAACGGAGUGGCAGCCGCCAACGGAUACAAGCCCGAGGAGGGACCGCCCGAGCUCAACCGCCAGAGCCCAAACUGUAGAAUCAGAAGUCACACGGGACUUGUGUCGGCACCGGUCCCGCCGAACCUGCAGCCACAGUCACCUGCCGCGCUCGCGAGCCGAGUCGGAGCGCCUCUCUCCGAACCGGCGGUGAAGCGACCCGCCUCUGUGUCCAGCACCGACCAAGAGAGGGAGCUGAAAGAAAAGCACCGAAACGCGGAGGCACUGGCCGAGCUGAGCGAGAGUCUUCGGAACCGACAGGAGGAGUGGGCCAGUAAGCCCAAGAUCGUGCGGGACACGCUGGUCACCCUGUCGGGCUGCACCCCGUUCGACGUGCGUUUCAAAAAGGACCACGGCUUGGUGGGAAGAGUGUUCGCGUUCGACGCCGUGUCCAAGCCCGGAAUGGACUACGAGUUGAAGAUUUUCAUCGAAUAUCCGUGCGGCUCCGGGAGCGUCUUCUCCAGCGCCUCGGGGGUCGCCAAGCAGAUGUAUCAGGACUGCAUGAAGGACUUCGGUCGGGGUCUGUCUUCCGGUUUUAAGUAUCUUGAGUAUGAGAGGAAACAUGGCUCCGGCGACUGGCGGUUGUUGGGAGACUUGCUUCCAGAAUCCUUGCGAUUUUUCAAAGACUGUGUUGGCGGGGACAUCCUCCCCCAGCCCCACAUGGACGGCAGCUUCCCCAUGCUGCCCACCUCCCUGCUGGUCCCUGGUCGAGCCUCGGCUUCAGGCAGCAGCUCCCGACCCACGGCUAGGAAGAGGAAAGCCUCUCCAGAGCCUGAUUCUGUGGAUGGAGGUCUGAAGCUGACAGAGGAGCAGCAGAGGCAGCAGUGGAUCAACAGUCAGACCGAAGCCUUAAAACUCUCCAUGUCUGCCAACGCCUUCAACGGGCCACCCACGCCUCACGGCCCAGGCCAUGGUGGACGGUCCACGCCGCCUGAGUCUCCAGCGCCCCGUCAGAAUGGCACCUCACCGAUGGCCGCUCUCAUGACAGUCGCUGACACGCUUUCGAACGCACAGUCUCCCAACAAGGACAGAGACUCUGUUCACUCCACCACCACGUCCUCCAGACACAGCAGCAGCAGCCCAGUGUCCCCCUCCUCCAUGUCUGGCCAGAGGCGCCUGCCCUCUCGCAGUGGAGACCAGGGUCAGUCUGCCUCAGAACAGGACCAAGGACCUUCACAGAGUGUGCCUGACUCUCCUGUGACCAACAGCGGACCGUUGUGCUGCACCAUCUGCCACGAACGUCUGGAGGACACCCAUUUUGUCCAAUGUCCCUCAGCCCCGAAUCACAAGUUCUGUUUCCCCUGCUCCAGAGAGAGCAUUAAGGCUCAAGGAGCUUCGGGCGAGGUGUACUGUCCCAGCGGGGACAAGUGUCCGCUGGUGGGCUCCAAUGUGCCCUGGGCCUUCAUGCAGGGGGAGAUUGCCACCAUCCUAGCUGGAGAUGUGAAGGUGAAGAAGGAACGAGACCCCUGAACCGUCUUGAGGAUGACGAGCUGUUGAAGCUUGUACUCUAAAUCUGUCAGCGAGUGAAAUGUAAAAAUUUAGAAUCAAUGUUAUGACGAAAAAAAAAAAAGAUUUUGACUUUGUGAGCCAGAAAGCACCAAAUUCCAGCUUUUCAAAAACAAGCAAACAAAACAAUAAAAACAUUUUACAGGUCUUUAUAACAACCUCUUCAUAUCACUUCUAAUAUUCCUCUUUUGUAUGUUAUUCACGGUUGACAAAGAAAUGAUCAAGCUUAUAUUCAAAGGUUGUCUUAAAAAUGUUUACAAAUUGUGUUUAUUAUAUAAGCCUUGUUGAGCUGCCGGUGCUCAAUUUUAUUUCGGUAAUCCAAGUUAUCUUUAAUGAUCAAUUUUCAACAUAAGCAAAAGUCAGAUUCUUACCUGAAGCCGCGUGAAUAUUUCUGUUUUGCAUAGCCAUAUUUGACUUAAAAAAAACUUCAGAAUCCAUUUUUUUUUUUUUAUCAUUAAACAUUUAAAAAAACAUUAACAGCAGCAAUUAAGUACAGCAAUUGAAAUGGCUCUCACAGGUUCUUCGACUAACAAAACUAAAGUUCAUAUUGUUUUUUUGUGGCACAAAGUUAAUAAUUAAUUGGCUGUAUGUGUGAAAUGAAUGGGACGUAUCAGAAGUGUAGAUAACUCGCUCCCUUUCAUGUCAUCUCUCUCACACGCUGGCAGAGUUAAUGAAUGUUUAAAUAUUCUCAUGUGGAUGUUUCCCUGUAACAGUUGAAGUGUACGUGUUGUCAUGACGACAAGAAAGAGAUUUUUUUUUUCCUGUGGUAGUCAGACAGCUUCCAAUAUUUGUCCGUGUCAGCAUACAAUUGUAAUCCCAUUCAAUUUGUCGUUUUAUUUUAUAUUUGUAAAGUCUUUACAUUUGAAUAUGAUUUAAAAAAUAUAUAAAACUCUGUUUUUAAAGGCUGUCACUGCAAUAAUUCUUAUUUUGUAUAUGAUGAUUUGGUGACGAUCAGGAGAACUUUUUUAAUUUAACAUUUGAUCUUGUGCCUUGAGUCUAAUAAAUCUCAUUGGUAUUGGCUUUUUAUGUGGAGUUAAUUCAGUUAUUUCAAUCAUCAAUGCUAUAUUUCAAUCAUCUUCAAAAUGUUCAUUAUUAUUAUUCUUAACGUAGUUUGCACAUCGACUCAUCUGUCAGGUUUUCAUUUUUUUCCUUCUUUCAAUCUAGUCAAAAAUGCUAUUUGAC